GAACGGACAAACGAGAGAUUCGCGACGUCUGUCGACAGCAUCCCCCUUCUUUCAGAGGGAUGCGCACUAUCACGAGAUACCUGGCAAUAAUCUCACGUCGGAAUGUCCAUUCGUACUUGUAUUAUUAAUCGACAAUUGCAAAAGUAAUUUUAAAGAUUACGCUGUGAAUUACGUUAUCUUUGCGCUCGUCUUCCUCUGCUACAAUUGAGAGCUGUAUACUUAAAAUUUUUUGGUAAUAAAAAGAACUCAUCGUUUCCAGUGAAAAAGAAAUGCCAUUGAGAAAUACCAGUAGAACAUUAAAGUUGCUCUUGCUAAUUAACUUGUAAUUUGUAUUUUAAUCUUUUCGUAAACACUAUUCAGCAUGGAUAACAUUUGGAAAAGCGUAAGGUUUAAAUAUAUCUUUGCUUGCAUCCUGAUCACCUUUGUCACAUCAUGUAUAAUCAGCAUAUCUCCUAUCAGUAUUGACGAGUGCAAGUGCGAGGCAAAUGCUCAGUCGAAUCAACAUCUCAAGCAAGUGACUGAGGAAAUUAAUGGACAUAAAAAGAAAGCUGAGCAUCGGUUGGCCAUACUAGUGCCAUUUAGGGAUCGCUUUGAGGAAUUACUAAUAUUUGUACCACAUAUGCAGAAAUUCUUGGACAAGCAAAAUCUAGAUUAUCAUAUAUUUGUAUUAAAUCAGGUGGACAGGUAUAGAUUCAAUCGAGCAUCUCUGAUAAAUGUAGGCUUCCUUGAAACAGAGAAAGCAUUCGAUUACAUUGCGAUGCACGAUGUAGAUCUAUUGCCUAUGAAUGAUCAAUUAUCGUAUGCAUAUCCAAGUGGAGGACCUCAUCAUAUAUCGUCACCAGAUUUACAUCCUCGAUAUCACUACUUUACCUUUAUUGGUGGAAUACUGCUCAUUAAAAGGGAGCAUUUCAUUCAAGUAAAUGGAAUGUCCAACAAGUAUUGGGGAUGGGGUCUCGAGGACGACGAAUUUUACGUCAGAUUAAAGGAGGCCAACUUAAUCGUUAAUCGUCCGCAGAAUAUAUCAACAGGAACACAUAAUUCAUUUAAGCAUAUACAUGAUAGAAAUCAUAGAAAGAGAGAUAUGACAAAGUGUUAUAAUCAGCGAGAGGUAACUAGAAAACGAGAUCGGCAAACGGGCUUGAACAACGUCUCGUACAAAAUACUCGAUACAAUCAAGAUGACUAUAUCAGAUACUCCUCUGACGGUGAUUAACAUCUCUCUACUCUGUGACAAAUCGAGCACACCUUGGUGUGAAUGUGAGAAACUAGUCGGAUCGAAGGAUCAAGGGAGAUCGAAGGAGAAAAAAAAGACUAAUAAUAGUAAACUCGCCACUGCAGUGUAAUUAUAAUAUUAGUAAUUUAAUUGUUGAAAAUAUUAUAAAUGUACUCAAAAACAACCUUUACAUUCUUCCAUUUUUUAUGUACUCGAACAUAGAUAAAAUAAAAUAGUUCCCUAUA